GAGCUGGCCGCUUCUGUGGAUUACAGGAACGUCAGUAAGCUGGGCUGGACUGAAAGGAGUUUUGACUCAUCUUUCUUUCCUUUCAAUCUGUCUUGCUGUGUCUUCCAGCUCUUACUGUGUCUGUUAUUCUUCCUACUGUUUGCUGUAUCAUCUGAGAUCAUUCAGAGAUGAGUGGGGUGCUAGCUGUUAGCAGCGCUGGGUACUGAGAGAGAGAGGCACAGGAGAAAAGGGGAGGAUGCCGGCCCCCCUCAGGAUGAGGAGGGGGGCCUGCAGGUCAGCUAUCCCAUCUCUCUCCACCAUCGCUGAGGAAGAGGAGGGACAGCGGAGCCGCAAGAGACGAAGGAAAGGAGGAGGCUCUGACUACCUUCUCAGAACAGAUGACAAGUCGUCAUGGAGUCGACCGGACUCAUCUGCCUCUGGACAGUACACCUACACCAUUCCCAGCCCUACAGAGAUACACAACGUUACCAGACCAGAGCCUCUCAUGCUGAAGAAUGACGAAAAGCAGAGACUCGCCCGUGAACGGAGGGAGGAGCUGGAGAAGCAGAAUGCUGCACGGGGUUCCAAGUGGUUGGAGAGAGAGGAAAGAGCCCGACAGUUUCAUGAGAGACAGCUGGAGGAGCGCAGGAAAAAGGUGGAGGAGCAGCGAAUAAAGGAGGAGAGGAGACGUGCUGCUGUGGAGGAGAAACGACGGCAGAGACUAGAGGAGGAUAAGGCCCGGUGUGAGGCUGUUAUCAGGAGGACCAUGGAGAGGAGUCAGAGAGCCAGGCCCAAGUCGAACCGCUGGAGCUGGGGUGGAACGCUCUCCACUAGCACUUCACAAAACAACGAUACUGACAGAAGGUCAGUCUCCACUAUGAAUCUGUCCAAACCUACAGAUCCAGUCAUUUCCAAACGCCUGUCAUCUUCCUCAGCCACCUUGCUGAAUUCACCAGAUAGAGCCUUACAGAAGCAGACAUCUCUCUCGUCAUCUUGCUUGAUUAAAAAAACCCAAUCUAAAUCCCAAAUCUCCAAAGAGAAGAUCCCUCAGGACAAACCAGCAGGUAUGCGUCGCAUGCCUCUUAGCGCAUGGGAGAACACAGUGAUCAGUCGACUACAGACACCAACACACUCCUACCUGGCCAGGAGUCGCAGCGCCAUGUCUUUGUCUGGAGAAGCAGUGACCCCCAUUUGUCCUCGCUCAGCCUCCUGUCACCCAAUGAGCUCCAUGUCCUUCAAGUCCAUCCAGUCACGCAGUGCUGAGCGACCAAUCAAAGCAGGCCUUAAUCUCGAGAGACCAAUCAGAGCAGGGUUCAUCCCUCUGGACAGCAGCACUCGCAGAAAGACCACCCAGAAUUUCCCGAUCGACAGGAAGGAUAAGGACAAUGUGAGAAAGUCAUGGAGUAACCUGGCAUAUCCAACUCCCAGUCUGAGCCUGUUCACACCCAAGAGAUCUCCUUCACCUGUCGGUCAUCGCAGCAGGGUCACCAAUCCAUCCCCAACCAGGGGCUCUACUACUAAACCCCCUCAGAAGACACCUAACCCCAAAAAGUCCAGGUCUCCACCUCCUCCAGCAUCAAUUCCUCUGUCUCCUAGUAACCCGUCCUUAUCGCCAGGCAAUCUCAGGCCUAACAGAGUGACAUCAGAGAGCCCGAGAGUUACCCCAGAAGGAGAGUGGGCCAAAAAAGAGGAUGUUGAGCCUCCCAAACUUGAACCAGAGGCUCCUGCAACUAAACCGGAGCCGUCUGCUGAAGGUUCUGGAAGUUCUCCAACAACACGGCCCUCUGCAGGCACAACAGAUCCUGAGGAGGCAUCACGUCUGCUGACUGAGAAACGACGGCAGGCCAGAGAACAAAGAGAAAGAGAAGAGGAGGAGAAGAGACAGCAGGAAGAGGCUGAAAGGCGCAGCAGGGAGGAGAUGGCCCGCAGGAAGGCAGAGGAGCGGGCGAAGAGAGAGGAAGAGGCACAGCGGCAGGCAGAAGAGAAGAAGAGACGAGAGGAGGCGGCGAAACGUUUAGAGGAGGAGAAAGCACAGAGGGAGAGAGAGGAGGCUGAACGCCUGCAGAAACAGAAAGAGGAAGAGGAGGCUCGCCAGAGAGAAGAGGCAGAGCGUUUGCGUCUGGAGAGAGAGAAACACUUCCAGAAAGAGGAGGCUGAGAGAAUGGAGAGGAAGAAGCGCCUUGAGGAAAUUAUGAAACGCACACGCAGAUCUGAUCAGAAGACCACCUCACAGAGAAAUGGCGAUGUCAGCCAGCAGAGCGGACAGAAUUCAGCGAGUUCAAUAUCCAGCAGCCCUUCAGUGACUGUGUCGGCCCCUCAGGCUCCGGAGACCUCGGAGACAGUAUGUAGUGACAGUAACGGACACACGGGUCCCAGCUUCAUUACACCCAUACUGCUCACAUCAGGUCACAGUGUGCCUGCUCAGCUCAGAGAAAAUGGCGCUGUCACAGAGGCCUUCGAGGAGGUCAUAGAGGUUCCCCUGGGGUCCAAACUGUCCCGUCAAGAUGGAGAUGGAGAGGAGGUGGAAAAUGAAGAAGAGGAGAAGAGAAAGCUUCCCUUAUUGGCUUUCAGAGAGAAUGGCAGCAUGCAUAAUGUGAGUGGACUGGAGGAAAACCCGGCACAGUAGAUUUCAGAUGUUUGAACAUUUAUAAUGGUGGAAAUGCAACAUGCAACACAGGAAUGAAAGAAAAGCGAGUCGGAGGGAGACCCCUCAAUGCACUUCCCUUCAUCUGACACUUAAACACCUAAAAUGGCAAAGAGAAAUGACAAAAUUAAGAUCUCUUGGCUUCUUCUUCCUGCAAUCAGCUCCUGUCUCCUCAAACUAAAGUGGUGCACCUUAGGAACCACAUCUUCUGUCUUUUCGGGGGGGACCACCAUCGUGGUGACUGAAGUCACAUCUAAUACUUGAAGAAAAGUGUCGUCGCUGUCGAGGAAGCUCCUGUGAAGUGCUAACCAUAAGGAAUGUGUGACAUGAGAAUGAUGUUUGUUGUGUUUGCUUAGAUUUAUGGCAAAACCUUGUAGUUUUGCUCUCGUUAUGCCAGCAAUUGAGUGGCUGAACUCUGCUUAGUUUUAUAAUUAUUGUUCAAAUGAAGAGAACACAUUUUCUUCCCUCUUUGCAAAGCUUGAACAGAUUUUUGCCUCUUGAAUUAUGAAUUUUGAUAUGGUUUGCUAAGACCUCGUCUCACUCCAACCCAAUGUACGGCUCUCUACACAGUCUGAGCGAAGCAAAACUGUCAUCCUAAAUUGUAAAUUUUUUUUUUCUGAUAUGACUGGGUGAAUCGGACUUGUUCGGCUCAGGAACAUAUCCAUGAUAUAUUUAACUCAAAAUUGAAUGGAAAAAAGUAUUAACGUUUAAAUUAAGCACACCCUUCCAUGUCUUAUUACAGUAAUUUUGCGAAAAAUUAUUAUAUAUUAUGUAAAGUGUGAAGUAUGUACAUUAUGUAAACAUUUGUUCUACUGCCUAUAAUUAAUGCUGAUUCAAAUAAAAAUUAUUACCUUUUUUCCAGAAGAUUUUGGGUUGAAAUGUGACCUGGAUGUGUUUUUGUGAGAUCACCCUGCUGUUGCUUUAAUCACAGACAUCCGAAAGCAACUUGUACUAUAGAAACUUAUGCUUAUAUGAAAUGUAACGUCUAUUUCACCGUUAGAACCCAUACAAGCUAAUCGUUAAAAAUCCUUCAAAGUAAUCAUAACAUAAUAAAAAAAACGAGCAGAAUCUCUUUAAAUUGAAAUGCUGCUACCUAUGUCUUUCCUCUGCCUUAUCAGAUGAAGUGAAGUUUUGAGGAUUUGUUUAUAGAGCUGUUAAAGGGCUGAUUUGUUUUUUUGUUUUUGAAAAAUCCUGUUCAUCAAUAAGCUCGUAACACAUGCUGUCGGCCCUGUGAGUCCUGCUGCAUCAUGUAGCCGUUUCCAUCCAAGCCCAAUGAGACACCACCAUCAAUAGUUAAUAGGGCUUAUGGAAAACCAAGUAUCCUAUAUAGGACAUAUUAUAAAGCGAUUUAUCUUAUAUAAGACUAUCUCAGUUUGUUUUUGUUGUAGUCAGUAUCAGUGGAUGGUCAGUGGACACCAUGCAAAAAAAGAAGCAGGGAUUAAUUACAUAUCUUGAAACCAAGAAAUUGUAAACCUUGAUAUGCAAAUGCAACAAAAGUAUACAUAAAUCUUGUACAAAAUCUGUUUGUAAGAGGGUGGGUGAAGGUUUAAAAUAAGCACAACCUGUUUACUGAGUUGUCAGGGACCGAUUUCUCAGUGAAGACUUAUUUAAAGAGCACUUCUGAUAAAGCACCCAUGUGCCCUUGACCUAACCAACAGCACUGAGUACCACUUUAAAAAAAAAAAACUGAAGCAUUUUCUCCCAACCAAGUCGAUCUAUAUGCAUGUACAAAUGGUGAAAAUCAAUAAACUUUUUAUUUGGAAACGACAAAGGCUGCUUUGCGCAUGUGUCUGUGUCAAAUGA